AUGCGCUCCUCACCGAUUCUGCUGCAGCUCCUGCUCUGCGUCUCCGGCCUGGCCGAGACCUUUGACUACGUCGUCGUCGGUGCCGGCACUGCAGGCCUGGUGAUUGCCAACAGGCUUUCGGAAAACUCGGCCGUCACCGUCGCCGUGAUCGAGCCCGGCGGUGACGAGCGCGAAAACCCCCAGGUCAAGAGCGCCAGCAGCUUUCUGCAGGCCUUCAACACCCGCGUCGACUGGAACUACCGCACCGUGAACCAGCCGUUUGUCAACAACCGCCCGCAGCAGUACCACCAGGGCAAGGGGAUAGGGGGAACCAGCAUCAUCAAUGGAAUGAACUACAUCCGGGCCGAAAAGGCCGAGAUCGACGCGCUGGAGAAGCUCGGCAACCCCGGCUGGAACUGGAACACGCUGUUCCCCUACUACAAGCGCAACGAGCGCUUCACCGUGCCGAGCGAGGCCCAGGCCAAGGCGGGCAUCAAGUACAAGGCAGAGAACCGCGGCGGCGACGGGCCCGUCCGCACCGGCUUCCCCUUCGACACAGCCAACUCGACCUACGGCGUGCAGAUCCGCCAGACCUGGGCCAACGUCGGCCUGCCCGACAACCAGGACUCGUCCGGCGGCGACGUGCACGGGGUCUCGUCCAACCCGCUCACCAUCGACCGCGACGCCCACAUGCGGUGGGACGCCGCGAGGGCGUACUGGAUCCCGGCCGAGGGCAGGUCGAACCUGAAGAUGAUCAGGGGCACGGCGAGGAAGAUCGUGUGGAGGACGGGGACUUCGGGCGCUGUGCAGGCGAGCGGCGUGGAGUACUUGACGGCGGCGGGCGAGGCUGUCGUGGUGGAUGCGCGGAAGGAGGUGGUGCUCUCUGCCGGUUCGCUGAGGAGUCCGGCUAUCCUUGAGGCGUCCGGAGUUGGUAACCCACGUGUCCUGCAACCUCUCGGCAUCAACGUCACCGUCAACCUCCCCGGCGUCGGCGAGAACCUCCAAGAACAGCCCAACACCAGCCUCAACUACGUGCUGCGGGCGUCGCUCACCGGCCAAAACGUGAUGCAGGCGUACGCGACGGCCGCCGACGUCUUUGGCAGCAGCACCCGGGCGGUGGCGGCGGCGACGCUGGCCAACAUCACGGCGUACGCCAAGCUCGCGGUGGACGCGUCGGGCGGGCCGACGUUUGUGAACCAGACGGCGGUCGAGGUGCUCAUGCGCGUGCAGCACGACCUGCUCUUCAACCAAAACGUCACGGCCGCCGAGUACCUGACCUUUGUGAGGCAGGGCGGCUCGCUGUCGCUCAACUUUUGGUGGCUGUACCCCUUCUCCCGCGGGAGCGUGCACCUCUCGAGGGACUCGCUGGCCGACGCCUCGGUCGUCGCGCAGCCCACCAUCGACCCGCGCCUCAACAUGGUGCCGUUUGACGUGACGGCCCAGGGCAUGGUGGCCAAGCUGGCGGACAAGUUCUCCGAGACGUCGCCCAUCAAGGACAUCAAGACUUCGAGGGGUGGGCUUGGGGCCAACCCGACCAAUACGCAGUGGGAGGACUUUGCGAGGAGUGGCACCGCCGUAAACUCACACAACCUUGGCACCGCGUCCAUGAUGAAGCGGGAGCUUGGUGGAGUCGUGGACCCGGAAUUGAAGGUGUACGGAACACGCAACGUCAGGGUCGUCGACAUGUCCAUCUUUCCUCUCCAGUUCAGCGGGCACCCGCAGUCUACCCUGUAUGCAGUGGCUGAGAGGGCAGCAGAGAUUAUCAAGAGGGCCUCUCUGUAG